AUGUCUUUAACAAAUACUACAACAUCGGCUUCGGAACACCCAGAACCGAUGUAUGCAGAGAAAGAUGUAGCGAAUAAAAACCAAUUAAUUAUUGAGAAACGUAUUCACAGAUUGAAAUAUAAAGCAUUCUACAGCAUACUUCAAGAAGAAGCUGAUGGGCUUUUGACAAUAUAUUUCGAUUGUCAAAAGAACCAAGCACUUCCUAAAUUACCAGAUCAGUCUGCUUAUUACAGUAGAGUGACUAGACAGUUUAGUUUCUACCAUUUUGCUAUUAUAGCAGGGAACUCGAAGGCAAAAUUGACACCAAGUAACGUUUAUUCUUAUUACUGGGACGAUACAACCCAUGCAAAAAGCAGUAAUGAAAUAAUUAGUGCUUUUUACAAGAAUACCGGCAUGAUCACAAUGCUCGGUAAAUGGCUUUACUUAGAAGCACCAAGGCAACUUAAAAGAAUAGAAAUAAUUUACCCUAUUGUUGGCCACUCGUUUAUUCCCCCAGACAGGGUUUUUGCUAAAAUUGAAAAGGUCAUAAAAACUAAGGAAGUUAUAACAUCACCAACUGAAUAUGUGUCCGUAUUGCAAGAACAUACAUGUACAGAUCAGGAAUCAAUUCCUGUAUAUGACUGGAAGACUAGUUAUCAGAAUAUUAUAAAGCCUACUACUAGAUGGCAUUUUGCUUUUAUGAAGUGUAAAUGA